AAAAAUGCUCCGUAGCUCGAAUAACUGAUCCCUCUCUGUGAUCCUCUCUCUCUCUCUCUGUGGCCCAAUCUCACCUCUCAUCCUUCUCUCUGAUUCGAUUUCACCGGAGAGGAAAAGCGAUCUAUGGCUGUGAGGAACCACGAUCUAUGGCUGUGUCAACAUAUUUGGAUUUUGAUUUUAGAUUUGGGUUUUGAUUUUAGAUUUUGGGUUUAAGUGAGAGAAAAAGAUGAGUUUGCUUUAUAUGGUGGCUAUAAUUAAAAACUGGGUUUAAUGAAGUGGUAUUGCUCUGUACAAAUUCCUCCAAAAUCUUCUUCGUUCCAGAAAUCUCUUUUGCGCUCCAAGCUUGAUUGCAGAAUUCUAUGUCCCUUCUUGCCUUCUAUUCAACAUUUGUUUUGUCUUUUCACAAAUCCUAGACAUUGGAAGCUUCUGUGCAUCAAGAAGACAGAGUUCCCAGGCAUUUUUGAGCAAAGAAGUAACAACCAAUCUCACAAUUGGGGCUAUGUUAUCUUUGCUCUUAUGGGGUGAACAGGUUGGUUUGUCGGCACUGAAAUAAUUCGAGGACUUGAUUGAUAGUUAGACCGUCUUUUUGGUAACAAUGCUUCGAGUUGGCAGAGCAGUAUUCCCAUUGCAUAGACAGAUGCAUACACUAUCCCGUGACGAUCCUAGCGAAACCCUAAAGAGGAAGGUUGCUGAGUUGGAGAAGAUGAGGAAAAUGAAGAACCCUAGGAAAAAUCAGUUAUUUGUACAAGUUCCGGAGCCAAAAACAUUCCUUGACACAGCGACUAUGCCGAUGAUUCUCACUGCUGUCGGAGUUGCACUCUUUGCGAAACUCCUGAUGAUGUAUGAUGAAUCCAAAUCCCAAGAGAUGAUUGAGCGCAAAAUAGAGCAUGCUCCUGCUGGACAAGGCACAGUUAGGAUGCUUACUCGUGAGGAGUGGGAGGAAAUUAAAGAAGUGAGGCCAAGGACUCCGUUUGAAUCAAAGCUCGCUUGUCCAAAUGCACGAAUAAGAACUGGAGAACAAUUACACAAGGAUGAUUUGAAGGAUUGGACUAUUGAUGUGCUCACAGAUGCACUAACUCGUGCCGAAGAAACUGUCAGACACAGGCCCAAGUGAAUUCGUUUAAAAAUAGGUAUAUUUACUUGUUUUAUUAUUGUACAUGAUUGCUUGGUAGGCUUUGAAAAUCUUCGAAGUUGUUGAUGCUUGACGUUCAUGUUCCUGCUGCAAAUGGCAAAACAAAUGCAACUGCAAUGCUAUGUAGCCUCCAAUUAUAAACCAUUUGCAGCUGCCAAGUUUUGCAGUGUCACCUUCUUACGGCCGUGUGCAAGUUGUAUUUUUUGUUCGUUGUUCACCCUAGUGUUCCAGACUCACCUAAUAAUUUGUUGUGUCCGAGAAGUUAUAUGAUAUUCUUGGAAUCUUAUGUGCC